AUGGGCCUCAGUGGUGUGGCUUUUAUGGCUUGCAGAUAUUUACCUUUAUUUGAUGGAUUUUCUCGAUGUACUUGGGUCUUAAUGACAAACGAAUAUGAAGCUUCAUCUAUUUUCACUUUAGUUCAUGAAUUUAAGACCCAAUUUGAAUAUGAAACUGACUUUGUUCACCGAAGUUAUGGCGUAGCUGGCAACUGUUUUGGUUUAGCAGUCGUAGAUAUGACAUUCUCGGGGGUUGUUAGCGUUUACAUCAAAACCCCUGGAAAGCUGUUGAACGUUGUUGCCCAGUCCAAUUUCACUGUUGUUGUAAAGUUUCUUGUUCUUAUGUAA